CUCUUUCACGCUUCCCAACUUUUAGCACUUUCGCUCGGAGUCACAGACGUGGGAGCGAGAAAGAGAGAAGCCCGCCUCCAUCUCUAUCUUUCUUUGUAGUCUCCUCGGAGCCUCACAGAGCUUCCUUCUUCACUUACUGCAAAACCCUAAUUUAGCUUCCAUGGAUUCCGAGUCGUCUCAGCUUCAACAAGCCCAACUGGCUGCGAUCCUCGGCCCCGAUACGGCUCCAUUCGAAACCCUGAUUUCCCAUCUCAUGUCAUCUGGGAACGAACAGCGAUCGCAGGCUGAGGCGUUAUUUAAUCUCUGCAAGCAGAAUCAGCCCGAUGCGUUGUCUCUCAAGCUCGCUCAUCUUCUUCAGUCGUCUCCUCACGUCGAGCUACGGGCCAUGUCGGCGAUUCUCCUUCGUAAGCAGCUCACCCGUGAUGACUCCUACAUCUGGCCUCGUCUUUCUCCUUCUACGCAAUCGGCUCUCAAAACUCACCUUCUUGCUUGCGUUCAACAAGAAGUUGCCAAGACGAUAUCCAAAAAGCUCUGCGAUACAGUCUCCGAGCUCGCUUCAGGUAUCCUUCCUGAUGGUGGGUGGCCGGAGCUUCUCCCCUUUAUGUUCCAGUGUGUCACCUCCGAUAACCCUCGGCUUCAAGAGUCCGCUCUUCUGAUGUUUGCCCAGUUAUCGCAGUACAUCGGGGAAACCCUAAUUCCCCACCUCAAUACUCUACACACCGUCUUUUUCCAGUGCUUGGCUUCAUCCUCGAAUUCGGAUGUCCGUAUAGCUUCGCUUGGCGCUGCCAUUAAUUUCAUCCAGUGCCUGUCGAGCCCCUCGGACCGUGAUCGGUUCCAAGACCUAUUGCCGGCAAUGAUUCAGACUUUGACGGAAGCACUGAACUGUGGUCAAGAGGCCACUGCUCAAGAAGCGCUUGAGUUGUUGAUCGAGUUGGCUGGAACGGAGCCCAAAUUCUUGAGGCGGCAGCUGGUCGAAGUGGUUGGGUCCAUGCUGCAGAUUGCAGAGGCAGAGUCACUGGAAGAAGGUACACGCCAUCUUGCUAUUGAAUUUGUGAUAACACUGGCCGAGGCGAGGGAGAGAGCUCCUGGGAUGAUGCGGAAACUGCCCCAAUUCAUAAGUAGAUUGUUUGCGAUUCUGAUGAAGAUGCUUCUGGAUAUCGAAGAUGAUCCCGCUUGGCACACGGCAGAUACUGAAGAUGAGGAUGCUGGGGAGACCAGUAAUUACAGUGUUGGUCAGGAGUGCUUGGAUCGGUUGUCAAUCUCAUUGGGUGGGAAUACGAUUGUUCCCGUCGCUUCGGAGCUCUUGCCACAGUUCCUUGCUGCUCCCGAAUGGCAGAAGCACCAUGCAGCACUCAUCGCUCUAGCUCAAAUUGCUGAGGGAUGCUCGAAGGUAAUGAUAAAAAAUCUGGAGCAAGUGCUGAACAUGGUCUUGAACUCAUUCCAAGAUCCCCAUCCGCGCGUGAGGUGGGCAGCUAUUAAUGCGAUUGGACAAUUGUCUACAGACUUGGGUCCAGAGCUUCAAACCCAAUAUCAUCAACGGGUAUUGCCAGCGCUAGCUGCAUCAAUGGAUGAUUUCCAAAAUCCCAGAGUACAGGCUCAUGCUGCUUCAGCAGUCCUCAACUUCAGUGAAAAUUGUACGCCAGAUAUUUUGACACCUUACUUGGAUGGGAUAGUAAGCAAAUUGCUUGUACUCCUUCAGAAUGGGAAGCAAAUGGUGCAAGAGGGGGCAUUGACAGCUUUAGCAUCGGUUGCGGAUUCUUCACAGGAGCACUUCCAGAAGUAUUAUGAUGCUGUUAUGCCUUAUCUGAAAGCUAUCUUGAUUAAUGCAACGGACAAGUCUAACCGUAUGCUUCGUGCAAAAUCAAUGGAAUGCAUUAGUUUGGUUGGAAUGGCUGUUGGCAAGGAGAAGUUCAGGGACGAUGCCAAGCAGGUCAUGGAAGUGCUUAUGGCUUUGCAAGGGUCUCAGAUGGAGACGGAUGAUCCGACAACAAGUUACAUGCUACAAGCAUGGGCUAGACUCUGCAAGUGUCUAGGGCAGGAUUUCCUCCCUUACAUGAGUGUUGUUAUGCCCCCCCUCCUUCAAUCUGCUCAGCUUAAACCUGAUGUAACCAUUACAUCUGCAGAUUCUGAUGAUGAUAUUGAUCAAUCAGAUGAUGAAAGUAUCGAGACUAUUACUCUUGGGGAUAAAAGGAUAGGGAUCAAAACUAGUGUACUAGAGGAGAAAGCUACAGCUUGUAAUAUGCUAUGCUGCUAUGCAGAUGAAUUAAAGGAGGGGUUCUACCCAUGGAUAGAUCAGGUUGCUCCUACUUUAGUUCCUCUUCUCAAAUUUUAUUUCCAUGAAGAAGUUAGGAAGGCUGCUGUUUCAGCCAUGCCGGAGCUCUUGCGUUCAGCUAAAUUAGCCGUGGAAAAGGGGCAAGCCCAAGGUCGGAAUGAGUCUUAUAUUAAGCAGUUGUCUGACUACAUAAUACCUGCUUUGGUGGAAGCUUUACAUAAGGAACCUGAGACAGAAAUUUGUGCAAGUAUGUUGGAUGCUAUGAAUGAAUGCGUUCAGGUAUCUGGACCACUUCUGGAUGAAAGCCAGGUGAGAUGCAUUGUUGAUGAAAUAAAGCAAGUGAUAACAGCUAGCUCAACUAGAAAAAGAGAGAGAGCAGAGAGGGCCAAAGCGGAGGACUUUGAUGCAGAGGAAGGGGAGUUGCUUAGAGAAGAAAAUGAGCAAGAAGAAGAAGUCUUUGACCAAGUUGGUGAUUGUUUGGGCACAUUGAUCAAAACUUUCAAGGCCUCUUUCUUACCUUUCUUCGAUGAGCUUUCAUCUUAUAUAAUGCCUAUGUGGGGUAAGGAUAAAACAGCUGAGGAAAGAAGGAUCGCUAUUUGCAUUUUUGAUGAUGUUGCGGAGCAAUGCCGUGAAGCAGCUUUGAAAUAUUACGAUACUUACCUUCCUUUCCUAUUGGAAGCCUGUAAUGAUGAGAACCCAGAUGUUCGGCAGGCAGCUGUAUAUGGUAUUGGUGUUUGUGCGGAGUUUGGAGGAUCUGUUUUUAGACCUCUCGUUGGAGAGGCUCUUUCCAGGCUAAAUAUUGUGAUAAGACAUCCUAAUGCACUCCAUUCAGAUAAUGUAAUGGCGUAUGACAAUGCUGUUUCAGCUCUUGGGAAAAUAUGUCAGUUCCACCGUGACGGUAUUGAUGCUGCUCAGGUUGUUCCUGCCUGGCUUAGCUGCUUGCCAAUAAAAGGUGAUUUGAUUGAAGCCAAAGUUGUGCAUGACCAGCUUUGUUCAAUGGUUGAAAGGUCUGAUAGGGAUCUUUUGGGCCCGAACAAUCAAUACCUUCCCAAGAUUGUUGCAGUCUUUGCCGAGGUUCUAUGUACAGGCAAAGAUCUGGCUACAGAACAAACUGCCAGCCGAAUGAUCAAUAUUUUGAGGCAGCUACAGCAGACUUUACCGCCUUCUACCCUGGCAUCAACCUGGUCAUCCUUGCAGCCUCAGCAACAGCUUGCUUUGCAAUCCAUUCUCUCGUCGUAGUUCUUUGAUAUUUGUGUUGGCAUCUCGUCGUUUUUUUGGGAGAAUUACUGCAUUCAGUCGCUGUGUGUCUAUUAUAUGUUCAUUACCCAUUCUUUUCCAUAAUGUAUUUCCAUCAUUCCUUUGGUGUGGAAUUCUCUGGCGAUGUGAUGUUUUUGUCAGUCGAGGUUCAAAGUUGUGCGGUUAUUAGAAAAAUGUUUUUGGUGUAGAAUGUGUAUAUUACAAGCAUUAUUCAUAGUCCGGUUCUGCCCGGAGGAAGGGAAAAAAGGACAUGGCUUUUGGUCAUUGAGGGCAUCUUGUUUGUUUUUGCGAGGUUGAGGAUUGCUAAGAGGCAAUUCUUGUUGCAGUUUUGAUGUUUUUAAUAUAUAUGUUUUUGCCAAUCUAUUUUUUCCUCUUUGCAAAUGUGAU